AUCCAUAUUAUUGAUGGUGAUAAUUUAUUAGGGAAUAGAUAAUUAAGAUUUAUAUAAAUCAUUUUGUAAUAUUGUAGUUUAGCUUUAGCGACUACCGUUAAGAUCAAAGUACUAAAGGCUUAUACAUUUGAUUGUAAUUGUUUUAAUAAUACGAUAGUGUUCAUUUAAGGUCAAGGAUAUGAAUUCCACAAAUAUUUUAUUUUUUCAAUAAAUUAUAAUUUGUAUUUUGUUCGAACAUUGAAAUUUUGAAAAUGGGUAACCGAUCAUCGUUGCUUUUGCGUAAAGAAGAAAUUGCUCAAAUUAGAAAUGAAACUGGAUUCACUGCAAAUCAAAUAGAACGUCUCUAUAGUAGGUUUACCAGUUUGGAUAGAGGUGAUUUGGGUACGCUGAGUAGAGAAGAUUUACUGCGCAUACCUGAGUUAGCCAUAAAUCCUUUAGGAGAAAGAAUUGUUGACUUAUUUCAUGCAGACUCUGGGAAUAAUUGUGAUCGUAUCAAUUUUCUACAAUUCAUGAGAGGGCUAUCUAAAUUCAGACCGAUUCGACCAAAUAAACCAAACAAACAAAACAAUAGAAUGGAAAAAGUGAAAUUUGCAUUCGAUAUGUAUGAUGUCGAUAAUGAUGGUAUGAUAUCAAAGGAUGAGUUAUUGGUUAUUUUACAUAUGAUGGUUGGUGCCAACAUCAGUGAAGAACAGUUGUCUAUAAUUGCUGAUAAGACAAUUUCUGAGGCAGACAUAGAUGAAGAUGGUUUAAUUUCGUUUGAUGAAUUCAGUAAAACAUUUGAAAAGUCUGAUAUUGAACACAAAAUGUCAAUCAGAUUUUUAAAUUAAUUGAAUACGCCCAUUAUUAACAGAUCAUUCCGCUCAUAUGUUCUUUUAAUUUUAUAAAUUGUUCUAGGUACACUGAAUUAGUUUUAAUAAUUAGAGAAAAUUUAUUAUUUCAAUCCAAAGACCAAUAAUUUAAUUAUUUUUUAUUGUUUUAUUACUAAAAGAGUAGAUUUAUGAAAAAAAAAAAAAGUUGAAUAUAAUAUAAUGUUAUAAUAUAUUAAUAUAUAUAAUUUUUAUAAUUUACAAA